GACACUUCUUCCUUUCACAUUCAAUUAAAAUAUGUCAUGUUCAAAAAUAUUUUCAGGAGAUUUAACUGAAUUAACUUAUGAAGUUAUAAAAUAUUUUCAAAAUGACUUGUCAACUUUACAUUCAUGCAUUUUGGUUAACAGAUUAUGGUGUCGUUUAGCGAUUCCAUUAUUAUGGGAAAAUCCUUUUUCAAUACAUACCGGAAACUAUAAUUUUAUUGAAAUUUACUUACAUAGUUUAAAUGAUGAUUUUAAAAUAAAUAAAUAUAAAAUCAUUAAUAAAUCAUCACAUUCAAAUAUACUUUUCAAUUAUCCCAGGUUUUUAAAAUAUUUGAAUACAAAUGAGUUUAUUUUCUCUGUUGAUAAGUGGUAUAAACUUGUUACUAGUACUACAAACUCUGAAGAUAUAGUAACUGAUUUAAAAAAAUUGACAGAUAUAUGUGUAUCACUAUUUAAAAUUUUUAUUGAAAAUGAAGUAAAUUUACAUACUCUUGAAAUUGAAAUCUCAAGUUAUCAAACAUGUUUUAGUAUUAUUUUUGAUGAGUUAAUUUUAAAAAAUACAAAUUUCAUUCACAAUAUUAGAAAUUUAAAUCUUUAUUAUGUUUACAAUUAUAAAGAAAAUUCAGUAAUUAAAAAUCGUAUAUCGCAAAUGAUUAAUUUACAACAAAAUCUUAAAAAAAUUUUAAUAAGUGAUAGAUUUUCUUUGUAUCGAUCAUUAUUAUUAUCAAAAGAUUAUAAUUGUUCAAAUACUUUAAAUACAAUCAUUUUCUAUUGUGUCGAUUUUAAGGGGAUUAACAAUCUAAAAACAGUAUUUGAACAAUUAAAUGUCUUAGAAUCUAUUCAUAUCUUUUAUUGCUAUUCUUUAAAUAAUAGUUUUACUCAACAAAUUAUUGAUUUAACUAAACCAUUUAAGUUGAAAUCUUUAUUUACAAAUGAAAUAUCACAAAUUGAAUCAUUUCAAUUAUUAUUACAAAAAUCUGGUGAAUAUUUAGAAAAUUUUGGAGAUGAACCAUCAUCAUCAAAUCAACAAAUAUUAGAAUUAAUAACAAAAUAUUGUAAAAAUAUCAAAUUUUUAGAUUUUCAUGGAACUGAACGACAGAAUAGUUAUCAAAUAAUCAAUUUAAUUGAAAAUAUUAAACAAAAUCUUAAUUAUCUUUCAUUCAAUAUAAUUUAUGAUAUUUAUGAUACUGAAAUUCGAUGUACUAAUUCAAUAAUAUUACAAAUUUUAGGACAAGCACUUCCUUCUAAACUAGAAUAUUUAUGUUUAAAUAUUUUUCAAAUUAAAGUAAACGAUUUUGAAGUGUUUCUAAGAAAUUCUAUGGGUACUUUUAUUAAAAAAUUAUUGAUCUAUAACAGUCAUGGUCAGCGUAUUUUGCCCCUUAUUAAAACAUAUAUCAUGAAAAAGAAAAGGGUUAAAUAUUUGGCUAUUAAUGAAUCUUUACGACUAUCGUUUAGUGAUAAUGUUAAGGAAUUGAUUUCAUUGGAAGAUGAAGUGAAUGAAUUUAAGCUAUAUAAUAUUGAAGUCCAAAGUUAUUCUGGUUUAUUGAUUAACUCGUGUGAUUAUGUAAAGGAAAUUAAUUAGUAAUUUUUAUGUAGUAAUUUAAAAAUAUCAGUUAGGAAUAUUCUUAUAUAUAUAUAUAUAUAUAU